GUGUUAUUGAAGAAGCGAGUGAUCAGAGUAGAAGGAGUAUCAAGAUCUGAAGAACGAUCGAGUUGAAGAAAGAAGUUGAGGUACAGAGCACGAGCGAAGAUCCACUAUUGGAAGCUGCUACCACGAAUCGAGUGCCUUUAUUUUUAGUUGACGCCAAGAGAAGUUCUAUACCCUUCAAGAGUAUACAAGGGUCAUUAGAAGGAAUUCAACACAAAUGGGGAGUCGAAGAAGUGAGUCAUGGGGGAGAUAUGAUAAAGGACGAGGGUAUGAUAGUGAAGGCUGGGAGAGUGGGGAUGGUCAAAGUGAAAGGGGGAGAGAUCGAGAGCGAAGGUACGAUGGACGACGCGGUAACUCUGCGGAGGAGUAUGGAAGAAGGGGCGAUAACUUAAGACAUGUGAAAUAUUACGAGUGGGGUGAAGUGGGGCAUUACAAAAGUCAGUGUCCGAGGUUGCAAGUGCGUCAGGGAAGCAGUGGAGGAACAGUCACUCUUAGUAGGGAUCUCGAAGACUCGUUGAACGCCAUGGGAAGGAUGGCGAUGCAACUCUUGGAGCAGCAGAAACAAGCAGAGGACGCUAAGCGGGAGGCGGAAGCCCGUAAAGCGAGAGAAGAGGCUGCGAAGGCAGCUAAAGAAGAAGAGGCAAAGGCGGCGAUGGCAAAAAAACUGGAAAAAGAGACGAAGGAAAAGAGACAUCAAUGGGAGAUUCGGAAGUUGUUGGCCGAACAGGCAGCGGAGUAUGAGGCGAAGUUGGAGAAGAUGGUGGGGCUUACUAAGAAAAUGAAAGGUGUACCAAUUGGAAAAAAGAAAGCAAAGGUGGGAGCCACACCACCAUCCAGUUCGGACGAAUCUGACGAAGAAGURGAGGAUUCGGCCACUCCGCUGAAAGACAAAAGAAAGAGGAGAGAUUCUACAGGCGCUGCGGAGAAUAGUCCGCCAGUAGAAACUCCGAAGAAGCUCGGGAAGAUGAAGGGUGCCGAGACGCCAGCAAGCCAAAAGAAGAAAGGGCGAGGGAGACCAACGAAGGCUAAGUCACAGGUGGCAUGGCUCGCGAAAGGGGAAGACCCGUGGGAAGGAGUUCCCACGGGAGAGAAGUAUGCUACCGAAGCGGCUUUCCGUAAGGCGGUGAGGAAGACUAUCGGUGCGUUUUACCCAGAAACAUUGAAGGAGAUGUGCAGAGGAGCUGGGCUGCCAUUUUAUGGGGUCAACGACGCAAUUGAUACGCUGUCCGAACUACGUGUUACGUACUGCUACCGGCAUAAGAAGUCCGCUAGGUCGACAUCGACAAAGUCAACGGACGAAGAGCAGAUAGGGGGCGCGUUGGCUGACCCCGAGGGCGAACCUGAGAAGUGAGUCCAAGAGUUGGGCUACUCUUUUGAAAUUCUUGGAAGCUCGAAGAUGGUGUAAGUUGAAACGGAGUGGUAAGAGUUAACUACCGUU